UGCUGCAGACUGCUUCAUGAUGUUAUCACGUACAUUAUAUAUAGCUCCCUCAACUUAAUAUUAAGAUAUUCCUCUUUAUUUGGCUAAUACCUUUCUAAAAGUCUUGCCCAGAAACUCACAGUUCAUAACACUUUUCACAGUAAGUGAAAAGAAAAUGUCAUAUUUCUGAUUUUGACGUCUGUCUGGCAACACUGAAAGACGUACCCACUUCCAAAAAUAACUCAACAUGUGCAUGUCAGCACCACCCAACACCAACGAUCACCGCUAUGGUAUAAAGGUAUAGUUACAUUUACACAACUAAAACCACUUGUUUAAGACCGAGAUUCAUUUGUUCAGAUCUCAUCUUCAACCCUGUGAACCAAUUAAUUCAACUUCAUGAUCAUUUUGGAGGCUGCAGUUUUUGGUGCUGUUAGCUGUAUUGCAUUGUACUGAGAUGUAUUGGCUGUAAGUAUUGACAAAUAAUAUAAGCUGUCUUUAAAGUUAAAUAUCAAUGUCCAACGAAGAAUUCUUCAUUAAAAAGCAAAAUGUAUAAUUGUAUGUUUUUGUUUAGGUGCUUGUAAAUGUCUAUACAUACUCGAAGGCUUAUACAUGAAAGGCAGUAGCUGCACACAUACACAGAGUGUGCAUGAAUGUGCUUGAAGUGAUUUUUGGAUUAAGGCUGAGCUAAAAGGAUUAGAAUGUUCCACUCGCUAGACAAACACCUUAAAUAGAUCAACCUGACGCUGUCAGUCCUGAAAAGCUGCGGAAUAAUCAACAUCCAACAACUGGGAACACAUAUUUCAACCGGAGGGCUGCUUCUACUCCAGACGUAAAUGGCUGAUGUUUUCAGAGGCCUAAACCUCCUUGAGACCCUCAAAGAAUCCAUAGAGAGCAAUAAGUUAUCAGAUGUCAAGGAUGCAGUGGAAGAUCUCCUGAUUAGUAGGAUCAACUUAGCUGUGGUGGGUAACCGUGGGGAUGAAAAAUAUUCCCUCAUGAACUCCCUCCGUGGCCUCGGACGUGGGGAUGAGGGGGCAGCUCCGUCUUCAUCCCCUGUAGCCUCGGAGGAGGUGGCAGGCUAUCCGAACCCUAAACACCCUGACUUUCGUCUGUGGGACCUACCACCUGUCCCAGACGCCUCCCCAUUUGAACCUGGGGGAUACAUGGAUAGAGUUAAAUUCCUCCGCUACAAUGCCGUCUUCAUGACAUUCACACAUACACCCCAAACCCACAGUGUGGAAGUGUUCUUGGAGGCUUGUUCACUGCAGACAGUAUACUUCAUUCUCUUAGCUUCAGUGGAAGAUACAGAAAAGGGCCUGGAAGAAAAGAGGAAAGCCAGUCUGGAAAUACUGAAAUCACAGGGUGUGACACAGCCUAAAGUCUAUCUGGUCAGACCCUCCACCCUGGAGAAGUGUGACUUCCCUUGUCUGUUGGAGGACAUGGGCAGAGACCUUCCAGAAAUCCGAGCCCACGCCCUUCUCAUGGCUCUACCGACGCUCACCUCAACCCUGGUCGCACGGAAAAAGGAGACAUUCAAAGCACUAGUAUGGGCAGCUGCCUCGCUGUCUGGUGGGAUGUCGGCUAUUCCUGUUCCCCUGGUGGCCUCCAUGGUGAACUCAAGUGUAGCGGUGCGUAUCCUGACAAAAGCACAACUAUCUCUGUGCCUGGAUGACGAAUCAGUUGAGCGACUGGCCCGACAGCGAGGCAUGGAACCCACAACACUUAAGGGGCUGCGGACUUGUGUACUGUCCGUGGAGGUCACCAAAGGGGAAGUGAAGAAGCGGCUGGCGGCAGCAGAAAAGGACUUGGCCACGGUUUCGUCGCAGCUGGUGGAGAUGGCGAUACCCAGACAUGCCCGUUCUGCCAGCCGCUCCUUCACUGCCAUGCUGCAAGCUUUAAAUUGCGCCAUCGAUGAAAUGGCGACGGAUGCUGAUAAGAUAGUUGCUGCUGCUCUUGGGGAGGGGAAGUGA